AUGAUUCCAUUCACUGGACAUGUUGCUGUUCGACAAUAUGUACGUGGAAAACCAAAUCCCACAGGACUGAAGAACUUUGUCUUGGCUUCUUCUUGUGGGGAGGUUCUGGAUUUUGAGAUUUUCCAGGGAAAAGAUGCCUUCCCUGAUGCCAACACCAUUCAGUUGUCAAUAGGAGGUUUAGCAGUACUUCGCCUCAUUCAAACAGUCCCACCAAAUACCUCUUUAUUUGUAGACAGGUAUUUCACCAGUGUUCAGCUUCAGGAUGCCCUUCUAGAGAAAAGAAUAACUGUCACUGGGACUAUUAUGAAGAACUUGGUACCAAAGGAAGCAAAACCAAUGCUCAAAUCAGCAGAUAAAAUGAAGAAAGAAGGAAGGGGCUCAAUAAAUCAACUUGUUCGUGAGGAUAAAAAUAUUUGUAUCAUCCAGUGGUUUGAUAAUAAAGAAGUACUCACUGCUUCUAGUGAGUUUGGUUCUGAUCCAGUUGAUGUCUGUAGAAGGUGGUCUAAGGCAGACAAUGCUUACAUUGAUGUUCAGCAUCCAGCCCUCAUUAAACAAUACAAUGACAAAAUGGGAGGUGUUGACCUCAGCGAUAGAAUGAUUUCCUAUUAUAGGAUGUGUGCACGAACAAAGAAAUGGACAGUGCGUACCAUUUUGCAUAUGAUUGAUUUGUGCCUAGCCAACUCCUGGGUCCAGGAGAGGGAAGAAAGAAUAACAGAAGGGAAAACAAAGAAAGAGCUGGCUGAAUUUCUCGAUUUCCGUCUGUCAGUUAGCGAGAGUCUGCUGUUUUGGGAAGAUCUUUCGGAAGAUGAAGAUGAUGGUGAUUUUGGGCCUGGUGAUGAACCACUCCCAAAACGAAUUGCCCUUCCUGUUGAAGUCGCUCGAAGGCAUAGAGCUGACCACAUGCCAAGGAUGAUGUCGGACAUGAAAAAUGCUGCAAGAUGCCGCAACCCCCCAUGCAAGACAGGUAAAUCUCGUGUAAUGUGUGCGACAUGUAAAGUCUUCUUAUGUAUCCGUGGGUGUUUUGAAGAAUUUCAUCGCUAA